AUGGAAUUGAAGGCGGUCUUUGAAACAGACUGGUCCUCGGAUGCCGCUUCUCUUCCAGCGUUUUGGAGUCAGCAACAGAGAAUGUACAACACCCCUACAUGGGAAAGAUUUGUAUAUGGGUUGCGAUUCAAGACGCAACGUGUUGCGCAUUUGCAGGUUUUUAUCCAGAGGCAUAUAUAUGACGAGGAGGGCGUCGAGCUCUUGCAGGCACGCGCAUGCCGCUUGCUGGCGUACGCAUUGGAGAAUUGCCAACGUCAUAAUUCAUAUCAGGAGAUUCUUGCUGUUCUGAAUGCAAUAAUUCAGCGGUGCCAUAAGCUAGGCGCUCAUGUCAGCAAGCAUUUGCAUGCCCUCGCAAUACACUAUGCCUCCCUAGCUUUUUCAGCCGACGCUAUGAGGCCACACGUGGAGGAAUUUGCCCGUCGCGACCAAAAGCUAAAAGGAAGAUAUAGUGCUUCUCUUUCCACUACCUCGAUUUUCUCUCUUCAUUCUCUUGAAUCCCCGGACCUGCAGCAUGAUAUGGAGUCGAUGCGCUGCUUGAUCGGCACUACCAGCAGUACAGAACAGCUAGAACCACACAACUUACACCCGCGAUUGUUCUGGGGCCAGGAUAUUCCAACUCAUCGCCAGGAAUUGUACUUGCCACUUUUAGCCGAGCUCCAUAUGGAUGCCCUUUUGGACUCUGUGUGGGAAACGAUCAAGGGAAAUAAUUUGGCCAAGAAGAAUUUGUGGCCUAUAUACCUUUGCGUGGUUUACAUGGUCAAGAGGGGGAAAAGCUCCAAGGCCGGUGUCUAUUUGAAAGAGAUAUCGGACCUAUUCGAUGGUACUCUGCCGAAUAUCUCGAAAAUGAAGUAUCUAAAUAUCCUUCUCGAAGAUGAAGAAAUCGGCAAAGCUCUGCCACAACUUGCAGGGGCGCAGGAGCGUCUUGGUAUACUCGAGGCACAGCUCCAAGUUUUGGAGCGAAGACUUGGAAUUCGCUGGGAGCCGGGGGAGUCGGCUCAUGUGGGGUUGUCCGAUCCGGAUUGCAAUGCCACAGAAAAACCACUAUUCGACAUGGAUGGUGAUACUCCUGGAUAUGGCAGUAACGAACGCUUAGUUGCUGAAAUCAUGGCGCUUGGAUGUUCAAAGUCUGUGGAAGAGUUGGGAAGGAUCGCAGACCUCCUGGAUGACCAUGAAGGGCAACUAGUGCCUAUAUCAACUCCAAACGAGAAGUUGGAGUUUGCUUGGUCCCCCGAACGAUCGCCGAUCAAGUUCUCUGACACCCCUCCCACCCUGCAGACCGAUUUCUCGAAGCCUUACCCCGUUUCAUCUUUGGGGCUUCUUCGGAUUCGACUCAGGGAUAAUCAGAUCAGUCCAGCACCUCAAUAUUCAGCCCGGAUAAUACAGCUCGGUCGUCUCCUUUUGCGGCGACGGGGGCAAAGGCGACAACAGCGGCAGCCUGGGAUAAAUGAAUGGAUCUAUGUUGAUUACGAUUGGACGCCAACCGACUACAUAGUCGGAUGGGAUCGAGUUCAUGCCCGUUUUGUCCUUGUCUACGCUAGCAAGGAUGAAGGAUUCCAGCCGAUGAUACGAUGCGCCUCUAUUAUUCCGCCGGCGGGGCCUAUUAACACAGAAUACACGGAGCCGUGGUUUAUUGGUGCUCUCCAACAACCGCUGAGGAAAAGCCAUUUCUACGGAGCUGUCGAGGAGGACCCUGGCUUGGACUUGGUCGACUGA